AUGCAAAACUAUGAAAUAGGAAUUCCGAUUAUAAUUGAAGCAAGUAUUGGAUUGGCUUCUUCUUUAUUCUUCAUACUCGACAUUUCGAUUCAUUAUACGAUGAAGCUAUAUCAAUUGGAAUUGGGGAUCUUAUAUACUAAUUUGAUGUAAUCUAUAAUCACCAUACUAUUAAUUCUUGACUUUAGCAAUUAAAUGUGUGUUUGGACAUUGUUUUUAGAAUAAUGUUUGACUCUUUCAAGUUUUCUAUGGACCAUCUUGAUUUUAUAAAAAAGUUGUUUACUCACUAGAUACCCAAUUUAGACGGCUUUGGAAUAUCUAAAGACUAAUUAAUUUGCACUCUAAGCUAUAAUUGCAUUUGGAUUGCCAAUAAUCGCAUCAUCAUUAAUUUUUGUUAAAGUAAAUAUAUGUCAACUUGAUACACUCACUCAAGUUUCAACUAAAUUAUUCUGGGCAAUAUAAUCGAUUUUAACAAUAAUAUUCAUUGGAAUAAUCACCUAUCAUAUCAUAAGAGUUCACUUGAAUUGUAAACUUGUAAAGAAUAUAGAAUAAAUUUAGGCCAAAUUAUACUUAGAGAUUUUAUACUGCCCAAUAAUAUUAAUCUUUUCAUUACCAUGGAUUGUGUAUACAAUUUUCAAUUUUGAAUUAGAUGAUUCAGAGGAUGUGAAAAUACUUCAAGGUAAUUGUAAAAAAUCUAAGCUAAAGGUUUAUUUCUUCUAAAAAACUCACAAAUAAUUUUCAGUACUUUUCUUUUUGGAUAAAAUUCAACCUUUUAAGUGGCUUUCCUUGAGAAUGCCUGCCCAAUAUUAAGAAAAACCUAUUUGGCAAAAUUUGAUUUAAAAAAUAAAAACAACAAUUCAUAGACUUUAAACAUCGAAAUUUGUAAUACUUUAUGCUCACAAUUAUUAAUAAAAUGAUUAUAGAUUUAUAAUUUAUUAAAUAAAAUAACUAAUGGGGUUUUUUUAUAGCUUAUUAUCAUUAUUUGGUAAUAUUGUCAUUGUUGCAUUAAUGUUGACAAUUGGAAUCUUGGCGUUACUCUACUUCCAACAAAACUCAUUAAUUUAUUUACCAGCAUUUUAAGGAUCAUCACAAAGUCCUAGUUAAAAUAUGAAUGGACUCAGAAAUCCUUCUGAGAGAAAUUUAUAAUAUGAAGAUGUAGAGAUUGGAACACAAGAUAGAUAAAAAUUAAAAGGAUGGUUCAUUAAAUAGAAUGACAGUUCAAAUGCACCUACCGUGAUAUUUUUUCAUGAAAAUGCUGGAAAUAUCGGAGCUAGAUUACAAUUUUUAGAGCUAUAUUUUGCCAACGUCAAAUGCAAUAUCUUGAUCAUUGCAUAUAGAGGAUAUUCAGAUAGUACAGGAAAGCCCUCGGAAUAAGGUCUUUAAAUAGAUGGAGAGGCUAUUGUUAAUUAUUUAUUUCAUAGAAAUGAUAUUGAUCACUCAAAAAUAUUUGUGCAUGGUAAAUCUUUAGGUGGAGCUGUUGCCUGUCAUGCUAUGAUUUAAAAUAUUGCAAAAGGCAUCAGAGGUGUAAUAUUAGAAAAUACUUUUACAUCAAUAGAUGAUAUGGUUGAUGUCAUCUUUCCUAAAUUGAAGUUUUUCAAAUCAUUUCUUCUUUAAAAUCGUUGGUUGUCAAUUUAAAAAGUUGGUCAGAUUACAUAACCAAUACUGUUUAUUUAUUCAAUGUAAGAUGAAGUAGUACCAGCGCAACAUAUGGCAUCAUUACAAAAUGCAGCCUAAAGAGCCAAAUUUAUUGAAAAGUUUGUGAUCGAAGAUGGUGAUCAUAAUAAUAAUUGGUUUAGAGAACCAGAAAAGUACUUUAAUUCAAUUUCAAGUUUCAUCAAUAAAGCAAUUACAUCAUGA